AUGGAGGAUACGGCUUUGUCACUUGGAACAAUAGAUGUUUCCUACUUGUCAUCUUCAGCAGAAUGCACUGUCACAAGAUGUAAACAUUCCAGUGAAGAAUGGGGAGAAUGCAAUUCUAGGCCUACCGUCUUCCGAUCAGCCACUUUAAAAUGGAAAGAGACUCUUCUGGGCAGGAAUAGACCAUUUGUGGGACGCUGUUGUUACGUAUGCACUCCUCAAAGCUGGGACAAGCUUUUUAAUACUAAUAUCCCUUCUUUGGGUCUGCGUAAUGUCAUCUAUAUUAAUGAGACACAUACACGGUACAGAGGUUGGCUUGCUCGGCGAUUUUGUUAUACUCUUUUCGUGCAAGAGCGGGAUGUUCAUAAGAGCAUGUUUGCAAAUAAUGUGAUGGAAAAUGUACUGAAUAAUAGUCGAGUGCAGAAUGCUAUUAUACAGGAGUCUUCAGAAUCAUCAGCUGUAAAUGGUCUUGAUCAGCUGGAAUCUAGAAACAUUAACAGAACCAAGAAGAAAGCUAGAAGGAUCCUUCAAGAAAUGGUAGCAAAUAUCUCUCCUUGUCUGAUUAGGUUAACAGGUUGGGUUUUAUUGAAAUUAUUUAACAGCUUUUUUUGGAAUAUCCAGAUUCAUAAAGGCCAACUAGAGAUGGUGAAAGCAGCAACUGAGCUAAAUUUGCCUCUUGUCUUCUUACCGGUUCACAAAUCUCACAUUGACUACCUGCUUCUCACAUUCAUUCUUUUCUGCCACAAUAUCAAGGCACCCUACAUUGCAGCAGGAAAUAAUCUGAAUAUUCCUAUUUUCAGCACCUUAAUCCACAAACUUGGAGGGUUUUUUAUUCGAAGAAAAUUAGAUGAGAGACCUGAUGGCCAAAAAGAUAUUUUGUACAGAACCUUACUGCAUGUGCAUGUUGAAGAGUUGCUUCGACAGCAGCAAUUCUUAGAGAUAUUUCUGGAGGGGACACGGUCCAGGAGUGGGAAAGUAGCCUGUGCAAGGGCAGGUCUUUUAUCAGUAGUAGUGGAUGCUCUAUAUUCAAAUGCUUCUCCUGACGUACUAAUUAUACCUGUGGGAAUCUCCUAUGACAGAAUAAUUGAAGGUCACUAUACGAGUGAACAGCUGGGAAAGCCCAAGAAGAAUGAAAGCCUAUGGAGUGUAGCCCGAGGAGUCUUUCGAAUGUUACGAAAGAAUUAUGGAUGUGUUAGAGUUGAUUUUGCUCAACCAUUUUCUUUAAAAGAAUAUUUAGAUUGCCAAAAUCAGAAACCUUUGCCUGUUCCCCUUUCUUUGGAACAUACUCUAUUACCAGCUGUACUGCCUUCAAGGCCUAAUUACAUAGUAGGAGAAAGUACAGAAGCUGCCCUUCCGGAUUCCAGGAAUUUAUCUUAUGAGCCACUGAGAAGACAAUUAAUAGCUAACUUGGCAGAACACAUAAUGUUCACUGCUAACAAAUCAUGUGCUGUGAUGUCAACACACAUUGUUGCCUGUUUGCUGCUCUACCGACACAGACAGGGAAUUGAUCUUUCUAAGCUGGUGGAAGAUUUCUUCUCCAUGAAGGAGGAGGUCUUGGCUCGGGACUAUGACUUGGGAUUUUCAGGGAAUUCUGAAGAUGUUGUCAUGCACGCUAUCCAUUUGUUGGGAAACUGUAUCACUAUCACAAACACCAGUCGGAAUAAUGAGUUCUUCAUCACUCCCAACACAUCUGUUCCUGCUGUCUUUGAACUCAGCUUUUAUAGCAAUGGGAUACUGCAUGUCUUCUUCAAAGAGGCUGUCAUCGCAUGUAGUCUUCAUGCUUUGCUGAAUAAAAGGCAUAAAAAUGGUAUCAGUGGGAUUCUGCCCAAUGUGAUUAGUCAAGAACAACUGGUCCGAAAAGCUGCCAGCCUCUGUUAUUUGCUGUGUUAUGAAGGAACUGUUUCAUUGCCCUGUCAGCUUUUAUGUCAAGUGUGCCAUGAAGCAAUUGAACAGUUCAUACAAUAUGGACUUCUUUUAGUAGCAGAGCAGGAAGAACAGGAGGAUAUUAGUUCUAGCCUUACAGAGCAAAACUGGGAAAAGAAUAUUCCAGAACGGUUGUCCUGGAGGAGUGAUGAGGAGGAUGAAGACAGCGACUUUGGUGAAGAACAACGGGAUUGCUACUUGAAGGUGAGCCAGUCAUUGGAGCACCAGCAAUAUAUCUCCUUCCUGCAGAAGCUUCUAGGGCCAUUACUGGAGGCAUAUAGUUCAGCCGCCAUCUUCAUCCAUAAUUUCAAUGGACCUGUCAGGGAGACAGAAUGUCUUCAAAAAUUACACAAAUAUUUAAUAUCAAGAACAGAAAAGAAUGUUGCAGUGUACGCUGAGAGUGCCACCUAUUGUCUUGCAAAAAAUGCAAUUAAAGUGUUUAAAGACAUGGGGGUAUUUAAGGAGACAAAACAGAAGAGAGAGAGUAUUUUAGAACUAAGCAGUACUUUUCUACCUCAUUGUAAUCGGCAAAAACUAUUGGAAUUUAUUCUGAGUUUUAUUGUGCUUUAGAAUAUCUCUCAACUUCUCCUAGCAGACUUGGACGAUGCAAUGCAAAGCUUCAGGGUUUGGUUCUGCUUCCAUAGUAUCAGUAGUGCCAUUUUUGGCAAGGCCUUAUCUGACCCAAGCCAUAAGAAGACAAGUGCCUUCUUACAUAUGCACAUAUGGGACUACAAUAUUUAGAAUUCAAACACAUUGCUACCAUCCAGCAUGUUCAAUCAAUGUUUGCACAAUCCCCUGAGUUUUUCCAUAAAUUUGAUCAAGUAUUACGGUUUUUACCUUACAAAGUUCUAUACCUACUUUAAAACUAACGACUGACAAAUGUACGUAUCUGCCAGAUUUUAACUGCAUAAAAUAAUUUGGAUUACUAUGUGAACUUUGCAAAAGCUCUGUCAGCAUAACUACUUCGUUGUAUUCAAUAUUGUAAAUGAAUGGUUUUUAGGAAAAUUGAAUGGGGGGGUUGGAACGGGCACAUAAUAUUUUAUUCUACUAAUAGUAUGGUAACAGUAGACAAAAAGAGCAAAGUAAUUAUCAGGAUCUCAUUAAAAUUAGUUGAACAGCAAACAACCUGCACAAAGUAUGAUCCAAAUAGCAAAAUACGAGUAUAAAAAUGUAUCAAUCUUUCUCCCAUAUAAGAAUUAAAAAUUCAUAAAUUGAUGUGCUAAAGAAAUAGAUGAAAUAAAUUUGUCCUAAAAGCUUUUCCUGAUGAGCAUUUAAUCCAAAAUUUUAGCACUCAUGUUUUCCUUGCAAGCACUUGGAACUCAGAUGUAACUCUGGCUUAAGCUGUCCCAAAAGACAGCUGGACUUCUGAAGAAUU